AUGAGAUUUGGUUUUACUAUACUUUUACAAAUUGUACUUUCAUUAUCAUUGUCUAAUUGUUCAAUUCUAAAUUCACGAAAUACUUUGAUUUGUAAUCCUAAUAAUACUACAGAUUGUUAUCCAAAAUUGUUUAAACCAACUAAAGAUUGGCAAAUUAUAAAACCAAAUCAAGAAAUUCCGCCAGGGUUACACGUUAGAUUAAAUAUAGCAACAUUGGAAAAAGAAGCAAAGAUAAUGGAUAAAGAAGAAUCCGAGAAUUCGAUUGACGAUCUAGUAAUUAAAGAGGAUAAAGUAAUAGAUCACAAUGAUUUAAAUGAAAGGGUUUCAAAACUGAAAAGGUCAAAGGUUGAUCAAAAUGAACUUACAAAUUUUCAUAAUGCUGCUGAAGAAGUUGAGUUUAAUGACGGAGAUACAGAGAGAUUACAACUCUCAUUGAAUACUUUGGAAGAAUUAAGUCAUGAUUUUGAAUUUGGUAACAAGAUCACAUCAAAUACAACAUUAUUGAUUAAAAUGAUUCAGUUAUCUAAAGAAUCACCAAAUUUUAAAGAUCAAAUAUACAGAAUUAUUGCUUCUUCCUUGAGAAAUAAUCCAAACUCAGUAAGAAACUUGAUUCAAAACCUAGAUCAAGAAUUUAUAGAUACUUUAUUUCAAGAAUUGCCUAACUCAAAUUCCAUUAUUCAAAAAAGAAUACUCGGUAUAUUUCAAGCAUUAAUUCAGCUUCAAGAUUUCAAAAACACAUAUUUUAAUCCAAAUGGAAAGGGGAUAAAUGAAUUAAUAAAGAUAUAUCCAUCAUUACCUAAUGAUUCAAAGAUUAGAGUAGAAAAUAUAUUUCAGGAUUUAGGAUUAAUCAAUAAUAUUGAGAAAAGAGAAGAUGAAAAUCCAGAUCAUUCAAUAUCAAACUAUCUUCAAAAUCGUAUAAUUUCAACUGAUGAUUUAAAAUAUUAUGAAACGUUGGUAAAUUUGCAUAAAACUAAUAAAAACCUUAAACCAAUUGAUGAAUUUUUGCAAUGGUUGACUAAACGAUUAGAAACUUCCAAGAACGACAAGAAAAGAAGUGAUAAUGAUGAUAAUUACAAUUACUUGUUAACUACCAGACAUGAAAUAUUUGGGAAUCCAAUGGGGAUGAGAAAAGCAUUAGCUGACGAGCUUUAG